AUGUCUAUCAUGGAAGACCCUAUCGCUGUUGUGGGAUUCUCCCUGAAGUUUCCUCAGGAUGCAGACUCUAGCGAUGGCUUCUGGAAUAUGCUCCAUGAAGGGCGCUGUGCUAUGACGGAAUUCCCUGCAGAUCGAUUCAAUAUGGACACCUUUGAGGGGCCCAAAGGUGCAAGCAACGGAACUAUGCCACUUCGUGGUGGUCACUUCCUCAAGGAGGACCUGGGUGUUUUCGAUGCGCCCUUCUUCAACGUGACGCCGGCGGAGGCAGAGGCGAUGGACCCCCAACAGCGCCUGCUGUUAGAAACAUCAUAUCGGGCCUUGGAGAAUGCCGGCGUCACUAUCAGUCGGUGCGCGGGUAGCAAGACCUCGGUCUAUACGGCCACCUUCACAGAUGACUACAAGAGCGUUCUGAUGGACGCGCCGGAUAACAUCCCCAAGUACGCGGCGACUGGGCUAUCGGGGUCCAUGCUGGCCAACCGCAUCAGUUGGUUCUACGACUUCCGCGGGCCCAGCAUGAACCUAGACUCUGCUUGCUCGAGUAGUCUGAGUGCUCUACAUAUCGCGUGUCAAGACCUGCACAUAGGGACGUCGACAAUGGCACUCGUGGGCGGCUGCAAUUUGGUUUUCCACCCAGACUUCAUGCUUAUAAUGUCCAAUAUGGGCUUCCUAUCGACCGACAGCAGAUGCCAGAGUUUUGAUCACAAGGCCAAUGGCUACGCGCGCGGAGAUGGUAUCGGAGCGUCAUCGUCCCGAACUCAGGUCUGGAGCGCAUCAACCCUAAGAUCGAUACCCAGAGGCUUCAUAUCCGGUUCCCAACAGCGGCUAUUCCAUGGCCAAGCACUGGCUUGCGACGGGCUUGUGUAUGUAAAUUCGUUUGGAUUUGGCGGAUCCAACGCAGUCGUUAUUCUCGACGAUGCGUUGCAUUACCUCGCACAAAAUGGCCUCGACGGCCAUCACCGGACUACAGAUCUAACAACAUACCCAACAAAGAUUCUGUCCAGAGGUACAACAGAGGCACCACCCCCUCGACUGUUGGUCUGGUCUGCUGCCGAUGAGACCAGCCUUAGGAAGCUACUUCGAGACCCUGACGCCCGGGUGGACGAGCCUGAGUAUAGUCAGACAUACUCGACUGCACUCCAGAUUGCCGUGGUCGAUUUCUUCAUGCAUGUCGGGGCUGUCCCAUCGGCGGUGGUGGGCCAUUCUUCUGGCGAGAUCGCAGCGGCGUACUGUGCAGGGGCCAUCGGUGAUCGUACUGCCUUGCGAAUCGCCUUCCACCGCGGCCGGUUAGCACAACGCCUGCCGCAGAUGCAUGCUGUCCCACAGGGUAUGUUGGCCGCAGCAGUCAGUGAGGAACAGGUUCAGCCAUACGUGGACCGUCUGGGACGAGUAGUCGACCAGCGACGUGUACAGAUCGGCUGUGUCAAUAGCCCAACAAGCAUCACCUUAACCGGGGACAAAGAUCAACUUGAGAUGUUGCGGUCAUGGCUCGAAAAGGACGGGCACUUCGCUCGGAUGCUGCGUGUCAACGUGGCGUACCACUCCACGUUCAUGGAGUCCAUCAAGGACGAUUAUCUGGCUGCGCUGCGGGACAUGGAUGGCGAUCCGGUCGGGGAACCGCGCGUUCCCAUGAUCUCGACAGUCACGGGCCAGGUAGUUCCCCCUCGUAUGCUCCGCGAUCCGGUCUAUUGGGUCCGGAAUAUGGUCUCCCGGGUCCGUUUUGCAACCGGGAUAGCGCUGCUGGCUGUGCUCUCGGGCCGGGCUCCUCGGAAGCACCUUGGCUCCAAGUUCCAGUCCCUCUCUGGCAUCACAACUUUGCUGGAGAUCGGCCCGCAUUCGACGCUCCAGGGUCCACUGCGGGACAUAGUGAAAGAGCUGGAGGUGCAGCGUCAAGUCACAUAUGACCACGCCCUGGACCGCAAGACGGACGCCGGGAAAGGGGUUCUUGAAUGUAUUGGUCGGCUCUGGAGUCAGGGCCACUCUAUUGAUUUGCGCCGGGCAAAUGGCCUCUCCGAUCAAUCACUGGUGGUAAGAACCGACCUGCCGGAAUAUACAUUUAACCACACCCACAGACACUGGUUCGAAGAUCGGUUGAGCUCCGCAUUCAGAUUUCGUACGCAUGGGCCCCAUGAGCUCCUGGGGAUUCGGACUGUCGACUCGAACGCCUACGAAGCGCGAUGGCGCAACAUCCUCCGUCUGGAGGACCUCCCGUGGCUUGAGGACCAUCAGAUCAGCGAUAGCAUCCUAUUCCCUGCGGCGGGAAUGCUAGCCAUGGCCAUCCAGGCUGCGCAACAGCUCGCAUCAGCCCGACAGGACGAGAAGGUAUUCGGCUUCGAGCUCCGCGAGAUCUGGUUCCUCAAUGCGCUCCAAGUGCCAGAAAGUGCCCAAGGGGUGGAGACGCAGGUUACCUUGUCGCACGCGGGUCACCGGGGUGGAACCCACGACGCGACAUGGUACACGUUCAAGGUCUUCACGUUCACUCCACGACGGGAGUGCGUUGAACAUGCCCACGGAACGAUAAGAGUGGACAUGGCUCGCGUGGAUCAGCCGGACCACACCUCCGCACCUUGGGCGCACCACCAACAGACCGUGAAGCAGAUUCGAGAGACCUGUGAUACCGCGCUGGAGUCAGAGAUGCUGUACGGCAAUAUCCGGGAGAAUGGCGUGAGCUAUGGGCCGAAGUUCCAAACGCUGGAGAAUCUGCGCAUCGAUCGCCGCGGACGCGCCGUGGCUGACAUCCACCCGUGGUCCGGGAAGUCAGACUUCCCCCGGCAGAGUUCGUAUGUCAUGCAUCCGGCGACGAUGGACGGACUGCUGCAGCUGGUGUUCCCGGCCCUGAACGAGGGCGGCAGUCGCUCGUUGCCCGCGAUGGUCCCCUCGUACGUGAAGCGACUGGCCAUAGCUGCUGCCCGCCGCGGGCAGUCCGAUGCCGCCGGUGACCAGCCCCUGCUGGCUACGACGCGGUCCUCAAUGCAUGGCUACAACGGCACCCAGUCCGACGUGGUCGCCCUGUCCAGGCUCGAUGGGCAAGUUGUCUGCGCGAUCGAUGGCUAUCAGACCAAGUUUGUGGCCUCGAUCAACGACGAGUCGGUGGCGGAGCGCGCGGCGCGACCGCUCCACAGCCAGGUCGUGUGGCUACCGGACCUGGAUCUAAUGACCAACGAGCAAACUCGCCUCUUCUGCGCGCAGUCUCAACAGCAGGAUAGUGGAGAUCGGCAGAAACUCGUUCCUGAUUGCUUGACCCGCUUUGCGUCGCUGCUGACACAUUAA